CCCCCCCGCCGCGCACGCUAUGGGAGCCGUGACUGACGGGUCCUGGAACUCCGAGUUCAGCGGCAGACCGGGCGGUCGGGAAGUGUACCUGGGAGAUUUACUAGACGAAGUCAUCCGAAAGCGUCUCCUGAUUGAUGGAGAUGGUGCUGGAGAUGAUCGAAGAAUUAAUCUGCUAGUGAAAAGUUUCAUUAAAUGGUGCAACUCUGGAUCACAAGAAGAGGGAUACAGCCAGUACCAGCGCAUGCUGAGCACACUGUCUCAGUGUGAAUUUUCAAUGGGCAAAACUUUGCUAGUAUAUGAUAUGAAUCUGCGAGAAAUGGAAAAUUAUGAAAAAAUUUACAAAGAAAUAGAAUGCAGCAUUGCAGGAGCACAUGAAAAAAUUGCCGAGUGCAAAAAGCAAAUACUUCAAGCAAAACGAAUACGGAAAAAUCGCCAAGAAUAUGACGCUCUGGCAAAAGUGAUCCAGCAUCAUCCAGACAGGCAUGAAACACUAAAGGAGCUAGAGGCUCUGGGAAAAGAAUUAGAGCAUCUUUCACAUAUUAAAGAAAGUGUUGAAGAUAAGCUGGAAUUGAGACGGAAACAAUUUCAUGUUCUUCUUAGUACCAUCCAUGAGCUUCAACAAACAUUGGAAAAUGAUGAAAAGCUGUCAGAGGUAGAAGAUGCUCAAGAAACCAUCAUGGAAGCAGAUCCAAAGCCAUAGAUGGCAAAUAGCUGGCCAUUCCCAAGAGUGUUGAUGCUACAUAAUCUGAGUGUGUUGAGAAUCUUUUGUGCUCUUGGGGUAUUUCAAGUUGGACUGGGAAGUACUUUGCUUUUGAAUAUUAAUGCAUGUCUCGUUCAUAUUUCUUCACCAAAGGAAAUAAGUUCAGUAUGUAUUGGAAUGCGUUUUUUAUUAUUAAAGGUAGCAUUCAACAUCUAAAACUGUUUAAUAAAAUGUCUCAAGCCAGAUGUUUGUGUUCAUUCCAACUCCAGGUAGCUUUGAACUGGCAGCAAGGUUUACCUUGUAACACACAUUGAAGAUUGUAAGAUGGCAUUUCUAGGAUGCACAUGAGAAAAUGAAUCUAUUUCUGGAGUCAUUAACACUUUUGAAAAUGAAGUUCAUGAAUAGGCUUCGGGGGGGAGUGAAUUUGUGCAUAAUAUUUAUGGUGUGUUUAUUGCAGAGAAAGUUUCCAGAUUGCUUUACACAUUGCUGAUUAUGAGACCAGUCCAUCCUCAUUGCCUUCCCAGAUCUCUCCUUUAGUACUUGAGAAAUGUGAUUAUUAAAUGUUUCCUUACAGCUUU